AUGAAACUUUCAGAACUCCGGAAGAAAGCGGAAGAGAAUCAUCUCAGUGACAUAAAAAGCAGCACUCAAGGCUCGAGAUUAGCACAAAUGAUCACUGAUAACACAUUGCGUUUGGAUAAGUCCUACUAUGAACAUUAUGUGGUCGUGACAAACAAAUCGCAUCCAAGGCAGUUGGAAUCUUUAGGAUUUCUUGUAGAGCUCAACCCAACAGCUGUCUUAGACUUUGAUCCAGAAUCAGCUAAACAUGGACUGCUGAAUUACAUGGACCUGCUGAGCACAGUAAGUGUCCAUUCACCAGCUGAGUAUAAAAUCACAGAAGCAGUUGAAGACAUUGCAGAGAAGCUGAAAUUAAAUCGAAGUACCAGCUGGAUAUUUUGUAAUGGAAAUGGUGAUCAUGAACAGCCAUGUCCCUUUGACAAGUGGUUGUUUAACAAGGGUGCCUCAGUUCGAGAUGUGAUCUCUUUUUUAUGUCGUAAAGAUGUGCUUCCAAACAAGAGAUUCCUGGUCAUUUUCUUACUUUUGUCUAAAGUGAGUGACCGAAUGGAUCCCCUCAUUGAAACUUUUAGUGCAUUCUUGCAGGAGCUUGGAGGCAUGGGACAAAUCCUUUGCAUAUGUGACAACGAGCAAGGAUUUACAUCCUGGAUGUACAACCUGAUUGAGGCUCAGUUUUGUGCUGACAUCUCUGAUAGAUGCAUUUAUGAGCUCAGUUUUGCAGAAGUCAAUGGUACAAUCCUCAGUCUUUGGUCCAAGAAUCGAAUUUCCAACCGUUUCCUCUCCUGUGGUGGGGGAGGCAGAGUGGUUCUUGACAAGAAAGUGCAGCGAAGCCUGGAUACCUUGGAGGUCUUGUGUGUGAAUGAAUGUGAAGGAGGAAAUGAUGAUAAAAUCACCAUUGAGGAGAACUUCUAUAGGGGAGGAAAAGUGUCAUGGUGGAACUUCUACUUCUCGGAGCAGCCUGGAUCCACACCAUUCAUCAAACGUGACAUGUUUGACUUCAUGAAAAACACAGUCAUAAAAGAACUGUGCUCUUUGAACAAAGCCUGUGCCCUUCUCAACCUGAAACAUGUUACAGGAUGCGGUGGGACAACCUCAGCCAUGCAUUUAUUGUGGGAUCACCGAGAGACAUUCCGUUGUGCUGUGCUCAGAAACAACAAGGCUGACCUAACUGAAGUAUCACAACAAGUGGUGAAACUUCUAAUGUACGAAGACCAUGAAGAGAAGUCACCAAUGGUCCCUGUUUUAUUGAUGAUUGAUGACUUUGAUGAUGAGGACAAAGUGUCCGACUUGCAGCAGCUCAUCAAAGCAGAAUGUGUGAAGAAAGGCAUUCAGUCCAAGUCUCCACAAGUCCUCCUCCUAAACUGCAUGCGAUCGCAGUCCUCUGACCCCCCUGAAACAACUCCAGACACAGUAUUCAUUGGAAAUAGUCUUUCUGAGAAAGAACUGAAAUUGUUUGAGGAAAAGCUGAUUGAAAUCGAAAAAACACAUAAGAAUGCUGAAACGUUCUACGGUUUCAUGAUCAUGAAGAAGAACUUUAAGUCAGAAUACAUUGAGAGUGUCGUCCACAACACUCUGAAGAGCUUCAAUAUCAGUCAAAAUCCUUCUGAACUCUUGGCUGUUUUGGUUCUGUUGAAUGUUUACUGCAAAGGCAGCGCUCUCUCUGUCUCCCUGUGUGAGGAGUUUCUUGGCCUUCAGUCAGCUUAUGGAACCAACAAAGUGGAAGAUGGAUUUGGGAAAUUUUCCAAUCUCAUUGGCAGAUGCUCAGUUGAGAGUAAGGUGGUAUUCACAGGUGUGAAAAUAAUCCAUUCAAGUAUUGCAAAGCAGUGUUUGCAUGAGUUAACAACAGCACACGGUGUAAAGAGAGCAGAUAUCACUGAUCUUCUGUUGAACACAGACAAGCUUUACGAGAGCACACAGGGCAGGGAUAAGCUCCUGCAAGAUGUUCACUACAUUUUGGUGAAGCGACAACUCGCAGUCAUCGAUGAAUCUAAUUUUUCUCCACUCAUUCAUGACAUUGCAUGGGAAACACCUGGACUGGAGGAGUUAGUGCUAGAAAAUGCUGCACGGAGAUUCAAGAAUGAUGCUGUCAUUUCUCAGUUACUGGCCAGGUACUACUACCUUAAAAAGAGGGAUUUCUCUUCAGCAAAAAUCUGGGCAAAACAAGCAAGACAUCUUUCCAAAGAUAGCUCUUACAUUGCGGACACGUCAGCUCAAGUCAUCAAGCAUGAGCUGAACAAUGCCAUCGAGAAAAACAAGGAGGAGCCCAUCAGUCCCAAUACUCUGAAGGAGUAUCUUAAAAUGGCCCAGGAAGCAACAGAAGCGUUUAAAGAGACGCAACGACUUGCAAAGAAAGAGUCGAUUCAGAGAUCAAGUGUCAAAACAGACAACCACUUUCAAUACGUCAGGGUGCUUGGGAGAAGUUCAGGUUGGAGUACUCAUCAUUGACGUGCUUGAAAAGAUCCCUGUAUUUUCCUCUCAUGGCCGCCUUGACAAGAUGAGCAAGGUUCUCUCUGGAGAUGUGACACUUCAAGAUGUGAAGAGAGAUGAUCAAUGGGAGCACCAAAAUGGACCUUACUAUGAUGUUUUACAACGG